GCCUGAGCCGGCGGCAGAUGGAGGUGUGUGUGCGUCACCCUGAUGUGGCAGCCUCAGCCAUACAGGGCAUCCAGAUCGCCAUCCACGAAUGCCAACACCAAUUCAGGGACCAGCGCUGGAACUGCUCAAGCCUGGAGACUCGCAACAAGAUCCCCUAUGAGAGUCCCAUCUUCAGCAGAGGUAGCUGCCCCUCACCCCUGCCCCUGCCUGCCCCAUCCAGCAUCUCCACCUCAGAAUCUAUUCCCAGCCAUUUCUAACCCACUGCCUCAAGCUGGCAUCCUCCCAUCGCCACACGCCCAUCUGUUGGCCCUGCUGCUCUCCUUCCUCUUUCUGAUCUCAGGCCAUGGGGGCAGAGAAAUUGGGCAAAUGUGUCUCCAGACUGGGCUGUGUAGGCUGAGGGUGGCAGGUUCCAUGCCUGAGAACUGGACUCCUGGGUCAUCCUGCCCUAUCACUGACACUGCAUAUCUCAAACCCAGGAAAUAUCUGUACCUGUCGCUUGCCUCUACUUACCCUCUACUUAGUAAACCACAUUUAGGAUGGGGAACCCGUGAGGAAGAACCCAGAAUCAGCAUGAGGAGGGGUUGAGGACUUGGCCUAAUCAUGCAGAUGGAGGCAGCCUGGACAGGUAAAAAGUCUGCCCUUCUGCAGAAGCUCUUCCCGGCGGGGGACACCACCAGCCUGUGUGUCAUCCCUGCUGCCUCUGGAAAACCCUCUCUGAAUCAGAGGGCUGGGUGUGUGUGUGCCUGUGUGCAGUGGCUCCUGCCAGCAGGCCUGGUAGUCCUGUCAACUCCUCUUCCCCUAACAGCUCAGAGAAGCUGCAGUCCAUUCCCUGUCCUCCCUCUCCGACUUCUGGGUGACCCACCCUGACAAUCCCAGAGUGGCUUGGGCUGGGGAUGGCAGGAGGUUUUGUCACUCACUUCUGCUCACACCCACCUCCUGGCCUGGUAUCUCAGGCCUUGACUCAUAUCUUUUGGGAAGGAUGGGGGCCCUGCCUCUGGGAUGGGCCUAGCUGGGUAUCUAUCUCUCUUCUCAGUGGAUUGUGUGGGACAUUGUGGGCACCCCAUAGUCCUAGCUCCUUAGGUCUUGUCCAAUUUUCAGUGGAGGUGGAGUGGGAGAGGUACACAUACACCUUGUAGCCUUGGGUCUUGAGGCUUCUUGGGGAGUCAGGCUGUACCUCAAAUUCGGAAAACUCAGAAAGCCGCGGCCCUUCCCUUUUCACCAGGACCCCUGCUUGCAUCCCCUGGGCCCCCAAGUCAGGGGCCACCCCAGCCUCCACCAGCCCAGCCCCAGGCCUCCCGCCCCGCCCCGCCCCGCCCCGCCCCGCCCCCGCGCGCUCCCUCCUCCCUCCCCCGCGCGCCCCGGGCGCUGUUUCUACCCGGCCGAGCCCAGCCCGACGCGUGUGGCGGCAUGCAGCCGCGAACUAAUCCCCGCGGGCCGCGGCAGACGGCUCCCGGCCCCAGCCGCGCCGCUCUCAGAGGGCAACCCCCUCCCUGCCCCGCUCUCCCGCCCCCUCCCGCCCCACCGCCGCCCGGGCCCCUCCAGCCGUCCAGAAGCGGCUGCCCGGGACCCCCGGGUCCUGCCCAGCUCGGGCCGCACGCUCCUCCCUGUCCCGCCGCCUGCGCGCCGACACGAAGUGACGGGCCUCUGCACCAUUCAUGCCCCGGCUGGGCCGGGCCGGCGCUCACCGCCGCCGCGCGCCCGCUCCUACCCUCGGGAUUCUAGGUCGCCCGCGCUCCCCGCAGCCGCGUUUCCCUUCGGGGCCCUCGGGUACCCCAUGAAGACUCCGUAGCCCUGGCUUUGGUUUCUGCCCGCCGGGGACUGGGAUAGGCGUGGAGGUUCUCACUUCUGCCGCUUCGGGUGAGGCAAGGCAAGCUCUGCAUCCCUCUCCUCGGCCUUGGUGUCCCCUCUGUCCUCCUGUUCCCUCUAGACCGAGUGAAUCCAGGUGCCCUGAGUGGCUCGCUGGGUCAGGCCCGCGCGGCCUGCUGGAGGACCUUGGGGUCUUUGAAGCCUGGGGGAGAGUUCAGAGCGGCAGAACAGCGCAGGGCUGGCUGGGUGCCAGGCGCUCCCGGGUUCACCUGCAGUUUAAUAAGCUCGAGGUCCAGGUGUUCCCAGAGAAUGGCUCAGGUUGGAGCACCAAGAAGGAAGGCAGUGUGGACAAGCCAGUGGCCAGGCCGGCCUAGCCGCGGCCCCCAAGAGUGGCUUGGUCAGGGAAAAUCUGUGCCUCCUGAACAUCUGGUGGAAGGUUUCCGAGAGAGCGCUUUUGCCUACGCCAUCGCAGCAGCUGGCGUGGUGCACGCCGUGUCCAAUGCGUGUGCCCUGGGCAAACUGAAGGCCUGUGGCUGUGAUGCGUCCCGGCGAGGGGACGAGGAGGCCUUCCGUAGGAAGCUGCACCGCUUACAACUGGAUGCACUGCAGCGUGGUAAGGGCCUGAGCCAUGGGGUCCCGGAACACCCAGCCCUGCCCACAGCCAGCCCAGGCCUGCAGGACUCCUGGGAGUGGGGCGGCUGCAGCCCUGACAUGGGCUUCGGGGAGCGCUUUUCUAAGGACUUUCUGGACUCCCGGGAGCCUCACAGAGACAUCCACGCGAGAAUGAGGCUUCACAACAACCGAGUUGGGAGGCAGGCAGUGAUGGAGAACAUGCGGCGGAAGUGCAAGUGCCACGGCACGUCAGGCAGCUGCCAGCUCAAGACGUGCUGGCAGGUGACGCCCGAGUUCCGCACCGUGGGGGCGCUGCUGCGCAGCCGCUUCCACCGCGCCACGCUCAUCCGGCCGCACAACCGCAACGGCGGCCAGCUGGAGCCGGGCCCAGCGGGGGCACCCUCGCCGGCUCCGGGCGCUCCCGGGCCGCGCCGACGGGCCAGCCCCGCCGACCUGGUCUACUUCGAAAAGUCUCCCGACUUCUGCGAGCGCGAGCCGCGCCUGGACUCGGCGGGCACCGUGGGCCGCCUGUGCAACAAGAGCAGCGCCGGCUCGGAUGGCUGCGGCAGCAUGUGCUGCGGCCGCGGCCACAACAUCCUGCGCCAGACGCGCAGCGAGCGCUGCCACUGCCGCUUCCACUGGUGCUGUUUCGUGGUCUGCGAAGAGUGCCGCAUCACCGAGUGGGUCAGCGUCUGCAAGUGAGCGGCCCGGGGUCCCCUGGGCCCUGAUCGAGGUCCCCUCCUGGAGCCUGGCCCUCUGAGGCUUACGGUCUUGGCAAGGCAGCAUCGCCUUGGCUCUUGGGAGAGGAGAUUGGACCACAUGAUCUUAUAGGAACCCCUCAGCUCUGAGGUCUGUGAUCGCCGGACAGUCCAGGCCUGUCUGAACCCCACCACUCACUUCUGUGGGCUCUAGGACUGACUGGGUUCUUCCUCCCUCCCCCAAGCCCAGACAGUUCAGUUGGGCUGGGGGUUGCUCCACACCCUAAAACAAGCCUCAGCCAGGCAACCCCUCAGUCUGUCUCCAUCCUUUCACCCUUCCCUGGAGAUGGGAGGUGGGGAAUGAAUGGAAGCUGACGGGCAGAGAGAGGAGGAUUAAAAAAAAGAAAUAGACAUAACUGAGCUGAAGUAAUUCCAUAAAGGGCCCAGACAGCCUCCUCCACCAUUCCCUUCAUCAUUCAUUUAACAAAUAUUUAUUUUGCACACUCUUUGCGGCACUCUGGGGGCGGUGGGGUGCGUGGGGGUGGCAAUGCGAGGCACUGAGGCCACAGAUGUGAGUAAGCGAGACACAACACUUGUCCUCUUGGAGGUUACAUUCUUGCUGGGGGGAGGCAUGGGCAAUAAACAAGUAAAUAUACAAA